AAUAAUCUAUAUUUAAAUUAGUUAAACCAAUACUUUAUUUUGAAUGGAACUUAAUUUAAUGGAAGAGCAGCAAGAAUUGUUUCCACAAGGUUUAUGUGGCUUGGUUAAUAUUGGUAAUACAUGCUAUAUGAACUCUGCUCUACAGGCUCUAUCAAACUGUUCUCCACUCACAAAGUACUUUCUUAAAUGUAAUGAUGUAUCAAUUAAAUUUGAAAAUAAAGAUGGAGUUGACAAAACAAAGUUGACUGUAGCGAAGUGCUACAAAAACCUUAUUUCAGAUUUAUGGAGUAAAGAAAGGGUAAAGUAUUUAAAUCCAACCAAUUUGUUGCGUGCAAUUCGUAUCCAUAAUUCUAUCUUUAGAGGUUAUUCACAACAGGAUACCCAAGAAUUUUUACGUUGUUUAAUGGAUCGUUUGCAUGAAGAAUUAAAAUGUCCUGUCAUUGACUUAGAUAAAGACAAUGAAGAAGAUGAAUCAAUGCAUGAGGAGGAUUGUACUGUUACUCAGAAAAAAUUACUUGGCGGUAAUGCUUCUCAUGAAUCUUCAGAAUCUCAAGACCUACAUGAAAGUAAAACAUUUAACUCUAAAAAAAGAACUAUUUCCUGGUCUCAGAAACAAAAGAUUAAAAAGAGUAAAGUUCAUCAAACAGAGUACACAAGCAUUAUAACCAGUGUUUUUGAUGGAAAGUUACUUAGUUCAGUUCAGUGUCUCACUUGCAAUCGGCUUUCAAGUCGAUUAGAAACCUUUCAGGAUUUAUCAUUACCUAUACCAAAUAAGGAGGAAUUAUCAAGAAUUCACACUCAAUAUGCUCUACCAUCUUCUGGUAUAGUUACUGAUACUGGGUGGUUCUCUUAUGGUUGGUAUUGGGUGAAGAGUUGGUUUACUGGACCAGAUAUUCAGCUGCAAGAUUGUUUGAAAGCUUUUUUCACAAAUGACGAAUUAAAAGGUGACAAUAUGUACAGCUGUGAGAAAUGCAAAAAAUUGCGAAACGGUAUCAAGUAUUCAAGAGUCAAUUCGUUGCCUGAAGUUUUAUGCAUCCAUUUGAAAAGAUUUCGCCAUGAACUAUUUUAUUCCUCAAAAAUUAGUACUUAUAUUUCCUUUCCUCUCAAAGACUUAGACAUGGAAAUGUUUCUUUCAAAAGAUUGUCAAAAGUCAUCUUCUUGUUCAAAGUAUGAUCUUACAGCAGUCAUAACUCACUUCGGAUCAGUUGGAGGUGGUCAUUAUAUUGCACAUGCUAAAAACUAUGUUAAUGGCAAGUGGUAUGAGUUUAAUGAUUCUCAUGUGACAGAAGUUUCAGAAACUGCCGUGUUGAAUACAGAAGCUUAUGUAUUAUUUUACACUCUGAAAGACAACACAGCUGAAAUGUUUCGCAAGAAAAUCAAUGCUCAACUAAAUUCAAAUAAGAACUAUACAGAAAAAUAUUAUAUAUCAUCAGAAUGGUUCACUAAAUUUAAUGCAUGCAUCAAACCUGGACCUGUCUCAAAUUACAAUAUACUAUGCAAACAUUUAGCUGUGAAAAUAUCGUUAUCACAAAAUGUGAAUGAUCUUGUAGUUACGGUUCCAAAAUCUGUUUCACAAAAUUUAAUACAAAGAUUUGGAGGGGGUCCAGAAAUAAAAUCUCUUGCUGCUUGUACAAUCUGUCAAGAUUUGGCAGAUAGAGGUAAAUUGGAAUUAGAUACUUUUACAAAGAUGCAUGAUAAAUUUAUACAUGAAGAGAAUUGCCACGUCAAAUUCAAAUUAAGUGUAGAUUGGUAUGAGAAGUGGCAUGCAUUUGCUUCAGGAAAGCAACUUGAGCUGCCUGGUCCAAUCAAAAAUGAAGAUUUAGUUGAAGAGGACUCUACAGAAAAAGAUAAUCUUCUAUAUGACCACGACUUGGAUGUAGUCUAAUCUGGUGGUUCAAUUUUUAAUGACUUUUUCCAAUAUUUGUGGCCAUAUAUCAGCAAUAACACUGCGAAUGUUGUCCUCCAAACGGUCCGUUGUUUUGGGCUUAUCAGUUUAGACUAGCAACUUCACAUAUCCCCACAGAAAAUAGUCUAGCGGUAUUAAAUUGCAUGGAGGCUAAUCUUGGAGGCUAAUUCACAUUUCUGAUAUGUAAAACUAUGCGGUUACCAAAUGUUUCCUUCAAUAAACCAAUUGUGGCAGUAGCUGUGUGAUAUGUUGCCUUAUCUUGUUGAAACCACAGCUCCUUCACAUAGUUGCUCAAUUGAUGAAUGAAGUCACAGCUCCAUAGCAGUCACCAUUGACUGUAAUGUUCUGGCCAGCAUCUUUUUUAAAGAAGUAUGAACCUAUUAUUCUACUAGCCCAUAAAGCACACAAAACAGUCAGUUUUUCUGGACGUAAUAAUGACUCAAUAUACACUUGAGGAUUAUCAUCACUCCAAAAAUGGCAGUUCUGUUUAUUGGCAUAUCCAUUCAGCAAAAAGUGAGCUUCAUUGCUAACAGGCUUGGUUGGGAAGUGGGAGGAAUCGCUUUCGAUUGCUGACCAUUUGCACCGAUUGCAAAUAAUAUUUAGUAGCGAAAAGCUGGCCAGAUUUUUUAGUCGUUUUGAGAACAUUUCAA